AUGCGUAUUCGCCUACAGCCUCGCAGGAGACCACAAGGUAAGCGACCCCCAGGUAAGCUGAAUGUUGCCUUGUUGUCUUUGCACGCCCACCGUCUUCAUUUCAGCAAUGAGCUAGCUCAAAGGCUAGACAACCUUCCUAUCGCUGCCGCCGACGACGCCGCCGCUGCCGAGAACGCCUACGUGGAGAACCGCUGGGGUCAACUGCGAGACACGGUCCAGUCGACGGCGCUCGCCGUCCUCGGUCGCGCUCCCCGCCAACACCAGGACUGGUUCGACGACAACGACGCCGCCAUCAGAAAUCUGCUAGCUGAGAAGAACCGCCUACACAAAGCCUACGUAGAUCACCCCACUGAGGACAACAAAGCUGCCUUCUACCACAGUCGCCGCCAACUUCAGCAAUGUCUGCGCCAGAUGAAGGACGCCUGGACUGCUCGCAAAGCUGAGGAGAUUCAAGGCUACGCGGACCGCAACGAAUGGAAGAACUUCUUCUCUGUGAUCAAAGCUGUCUACGGUCCGCCGACGAAGGGUACUGCUCCUCUCCUCAGCGCCGACGGCAGCGCUCUCCUGACUGAGAAGACGCAAACCCUACAGCGAUGGGCCGAGCAUUUCCGAGGCGUCCUCAACCGCCCCUCCGUCAUCUCCGACGCCGCCAUCGAACGUUUGCCGCAAGUGGAGACCAACGUGGACCUCGACCUCCCGCCAUCUCUCCAGGAGACCAUCAGGGCCGUGCAGCAGCUCUCCAGCGGGAAAGCACCCGGAUCGGACGCAAUCCCUGCUGAGGUCUACAAGCACGGAGGUCCCAAACUCAUGGAUCACCUGACUGCGCUCUUCCAGGAGAUGUGGCGUCAAUGCGAAGUCCCGCAAGAUUUCAACGACGCAACAAUCGUGCACCUAUACAAGCGAAAAGGGAACCUUGAAGAAGAAGACACGAUCGCCGGGACAAGAGCUUUAUUAGCCUGACGUUUCGGAUUCCUGCUCGAAUCCAUCAUCAGAGACAUAAGCAGAUAAAGGUGGUUCAUGCACAUGUGGCUGCAGUAUUUAUAGGAUGCAGUAGCCAUGCCACCGCAUACCUAUGAAUGUUCACGGCUCCCUCCCCUUCAUCAGGGAUCGUUGCACGUGGCGUGAUGGUCGAUAUUCGCGUCGUUAAUUGCUGCGAUUUCAUCACGUGCGUUGGAUGUUGGUGUGAUGAUUGCUCGACCAUCUGACGCGCUGACCCGGGUGUUGGGAAGAGUGUUCAUCAGGGCGCUCUCCGCGUGGCCAAUUUCUCCGCCUAGACGAAGUCUCAGCACGCUGUAUUGAAUGGGAAGAUCAUUGCACUUCAUCGACCAUCACGCCACGUGCAACGAUCCCUGAUGAAGGGGAGGGAGCCGUAAACAUUCAUAGGUAUGCGGUGGCAUGGCUACUGCAUCCUAUAAAUACUGCAGCCACAUGUGCAUGAACCACCCUUAUCUGUUUAUGUCUCUGAUGAUGGAUUCGAGCAGGAAUCCGAAACGUCAGGCUAAUAAAGCUCUUGUCCCGGCGAACGUGUCUUCUUCUUCUUCUUCUUCUUCUUCUUCUUCUUCUUCUUCUUCAAGACUGCUUCCUGGGACUCGUCUUUUCGCUUCCAUUGAAAAGGGAACCGCCAAGUCUGCGACAAUCACCACGGUAUCUCCUUGCUGAACAUCGCCGGGAAGAUCUUCGCUCGCAUCCUUCUCAACCGCCUCAAUAAUCAUCUGGAACAGGGCCUUCUGCCGGACAGCCAAUGCGGCUUCCGUCGUCAUCGUGGGACCACGGAUAUAAUCUUCGCCGCCCGCCAACUUCAGGAGAAGUGUCAGGAGAUGCGGACCCAUUUGUACUCUACCUUCGUGGACCUUACGAAAGCCCUCGACACGGUGAAUCGUGAAGGACUGUGGAAGAUCAUGCAGAAAUUCGGCUGUCCGGAGCGAUUCACUCAGAUGGUGCGUCAGCUGCACGACGGUAUGAUGGCGCGAGUCACGGACAACGGAGCUGUCUCAGAGGCAUUCGCAGUGACCAACGGAGUGAAGCAGGGGUGCGUGCUGGAGCCUGCUCUCUUCAGUCUUAUGUUCUCUGUCAUGCUGAUGGACGCCUACCGCGACGAACGCCCCGGGAUCCGCAUCGCCUACAGGACGGACGGUCAUCUCCUGAAUCAACGGCGCAUGAACAUCCAAUCGCGCGUAUCCACAACAACCAUCCACGAAAUCCUCUUCGCCGACGACUGCGCCCUGAACGCCACAUCGGAAGAGGAGAUGCAACGGAGCAUGGACCUAUUCUCCGCCGCCUGCGAGAACUUUGGUCUGGUCAUUAACACGCAGAAGACGGUGGUGAUGCACCAACCGCCACCCAAAUCAGCCACAGCCCCCAACGCGCCGCCGCAAAUCAGCGUGAACGGAACCCAACUGCAGGUGGUGGAGAACUUCCCGUACCUGGGCAGUACUCUCUCCCGCAACACCAAGACCGACGACGAAGUCGUCAACAGGAUCUCGAAAGCCAGUCAAGCCUUCGGUCGCCUCCAAAGCACAGUUUGGAAUCGUCAUGGUCUCCAACGAAGCUGA